GGAAUCCUGGAGCCUGGGACAGACCUCUCCACUCCUGCAGCGCCCAAAGCAGAGUACUUGUCCUCUGCAGAUCUGGAAGAGGGAUCCACCACUGGUCCUGGAAGGGGAUCUUACCAGUCCUGGAAGCCUGGAGAGCCUUUAUUUUCCUUCUGUUGGAUCUAAUCUGCACCGAGAGGAGAGAUGUACCAGAGCCUUGCUCUCACCUCCAACCACGGCCAGUCCGCCUAUACUCAUGACUCGGCCAACUUCCUCCACCAGACCACCAGCCCUCCGGUUUACGUCCCCACCAGCCGGGUGCCGGCCAUGCUGCAGCCGCUGCCUUACCUGCAGAGCUGUGAGAGUGCCCACCAAGGGCACCACCCCCACCUGGGCAGCCACCCGGGGUGGCCACAGACAGCCAACGAGAGCCACGCUUUCAACGGCAGCAGCCCCCAUACCCCCUCCGGCUUCACCUACUCCCACAGCCCACCGAUGGGCAACAACACUGGCAGGGAGGCAGCCUACCACCACCAGAGCCCCUUGAUGCUGAGCGGGGGCACGCGGGAACAGUAUGGCAACGCGCUGGUGCGCUCAGUCAAUGGCUCUUACUCCACACCGUACCCCUAUGUCAGCCCGGAGAUGGCACCUACCUGGGCACCAGGGCAUUUUGACAGCACCAUGCUGCACACUUUGCAGGGCAGAUCGGCCUUGUCUGGCAGGAGACCCAGCCUAGAAUUCUUCGAAGAUUUCCAUGCCGAGGGCAGGGAAUGCGUCAACUGCGGCGCGAUGUCUACACCUCUGUGGAGACGGGAUGGCACUGGACACUACCUGUGUAAUGCCUGCGGACUGUACCACAAAAUGAAUGGAAUCAACAGGCCACUUGUGAAGCCUCAGAAAAGGCUGUCUUCCUCUCGACGCGCUGGACUCUGCUGUACAAAUUGCCACACGACCACCACAACCUUGUGGAGGCGAAACUCGGAAGGAGAACCAGUAUGCAACGCCUGUGGCCUUUACAUGAAACUUCACGGGGUUGCUCGUCCUCUAGCCAUGAAGAAAGAAAUCAUACAGACACGAAAGAGGAAGCCCAAAAGCUUAAAAGGAAAGACUUCCACAGGGUCAUCAGCUUCAGCUAACACCUCACCAUCUUCAGUUACAACAGACACCACACCGGUAUUAAAAACAGAACAUGCUCUGUCUGUACAGUACACAGGGCAGGGGAUGGGAGCUUCUUCCCAGGGUCAUAGCCAAACAGAUGAUCUUGUACCUGGGUCCCAUGAGCUAAAAUUUAUUUCAGAUGAAUAUCCCUUCAGUCAAACUGGCUUGAGCCAACAGUCGGGACUUAAUGUUCCCCUCCGUCAGGACUCAUGGUGUGCACUAGCUCUUGCUUAAAUUAAAACUGCUUUGGAGCAGUGAGACAGUUGUGUCUGAACUAGGCCUGUGCCAACGGGGCUUUUCUCAGCAAAAUACUAUAAAGCGAAACAAGAUGGGAACUUCGGGGUUACAAUCAAUGGCUGCGGGUCUGGAAACCUCAGAAAGAACAGGCGCUGCUGGUAUGAAAUCUGGUGUUCCCAAUAUCCUACACCUCAGGAGGAGAAGACCACUUUCCCCCGAAGGAGAACGUAGCGUCUUGUAUGAGAUCCAGAAGGUGAUGGGACAUGGUCAGGACAAUCACAGAUAACAGAAAAUUAUUCGCAAUUUGCCUUUUUUGGAAGCCUUAAAUUGUCACGGCUACAGGGGAAUCUUCUUAACCAAAUUCCUUGAUGUCUUCGACAAUCAAAAGCAAAAAAAAACAAACCAAAUUUC